AUAAAGACCGGAACAAAUAAACCACUUCACGUUUGCUCGGCUGCAAGACUUGUUUACUACCGCGUCGCUAUUAAAGGGAUUAAUUUGUAAUACCAUAUAUUUGUUAAAAAACUAUGUGCAAGUCUUGUCGUAUUAAUCAGGGCUGACGGUGCAGGCAAUGGAGCGAAUUUUAACUUUUGUUUUUAAAUUAUUUAACACGUCUCUGUUUUAAUAGAGCGCAGUUUUAUCGACUAUUUAUGACUAAAAUGAAGAGCUUGGCGACAGACUCGAUCAUCCGAAGAAGGGAGAACAGCAUCGGGAUAACCAGCCUAUUAUGGUCGCUUCUCGGUGCGUGUUUAUGGACAGUCGCAGUUGCUUAUAAGCCGGUGAUCAUCGUGCACGGCUUGUUCGACAGCUCGGGAGAUUUUAAAAAUCUCCAGGGCUUCAUUCACGAGGCUCAUCCCGGAACAAAUGUGACAGUGAUUGACUUGUUUGAUCGAGGUUCAAGCCUGCAGCCCAUGUGGAAGCAGGUCGAGGGUUUCAAAACGGCCAUUUACCCUAUCAUGCAAAACUCCGCUGAGGGAGUUCAUUUUAUCUGCUACUCUCAAGGUGGACUGAUUUGCAGGGGAAUCUUGUCCACGUUGCCAGAUCACAACGUGCACUCAUUCAUCUCGCUGUCCUCGCCUCAGGCCGGACAAUACGGCGAUACCGAUUACUUGAAGUACCUGUUUCCUCAGUUUGUCAAGUCCAACUUGUACCAUCUCUGUUAUACUUCCAUCGGCCAGAGGGUAUCUAUCUGCAACUAUUGGAACGACCCCCACCACAGGGACAUGUACACCAACAGUAGUGAUUAUCUGGCCCUCCUCAACAGCGACAGACCUAAUCCGAAUUCAACAGAAUGGAAGAAAAACUUUUUGAGACUUGACAAGCUGGUGCUAGUCGGAGGACCCGACGAUGGAGUCAUCACUCCCUGGCAGUCGAGUCAGUUUGGAUUCUUUGAUGACAAUGAGACUGUUGUUGAGAUGCAACAUCAAGGCAUCUACUUAAAGGAUAUCUUUGGUCUGAAGACGCUGGCGGCUCGUGGCGACCUGUUCUUGUGUUCGAUUCCUUACGUCCAACAUGUCUGGUGGCAUUCAAAUGAAACUGUAUUCCAUGUUUGCAUGGAAAAGUGGCUGGUUUAGAAUAACAAAAACAACAUUUUGCGGUCUAACAGCAACCAUGUUGUUAUUCUGAGGUGAUACUGUUGUUUUGAUAACCGGUAGUUUUUUUUUUUUUUUUCUUUUCAUUGCGUGGAAGACGCUGAAGGCACAAAGAACUGACAUGAACUGUAAAUUGCAAAUGCUUCCAUUAAUGUAUUGGUUUCCCAGCAUUUAAGCUAUUCCCUAGGACCACAGUUUAUUUGUAGCAACUCCAGAAAGAAUUGCUGAGUACAUUCUUUCAUCAGGAAGUCAUUAUUCUCGCGUGUGAUAGUUUUGGAUUAUAUAGUAGGUUAAAGUGACACUACAGUGCCUAAGUGAUGUUGUCAUCUUGUGCCAUUGCCUUACUCCUAUUUAAUGCAGUAUUUCUCACAUGUGUUGUCAUGGUUUCCCAUGUUUUCUGCUCAUUAACCACAGCUAGUAUAUUAUGAGUAGUUUUUGUAGAUGGCGCCUUAAAUUUUCCUCUCAUGCCUCAAGUGUUACAUGUCCCAUACCGCAAGUGCUGAGAUAAUCUGCCUGUUGUGUUAGUGCUAAAACGGAAGGAUCGAGACUUUAAAUUGAUAGUCAGGGAGUUUUAUGGGAAUACAUACUCUCGUCCUUCAUUGUUCACAUGCCACUUUUUACCUUCGCCCAUACAAGUGAGUCAGCCUUUAUUUGUGUGUCCAUCUUGCAAGGGAUUUGAUUCACAUAAUUGUUCUGCAGUUUUUAAGAAGGAUAUUUUUUGUUAUUGCUGGAUCUGAAGGGACUUGUAUUAAACUUCUUUGGGGAAUUAACUGCAUGCUGAAUUAAAAGAGGGAAAGGCUUUACAGAAAAGGGAAGAAGAGAUUUAUUUGAAGCUUUUAAUUGUCAUUUUGUUGAAAUAUUUUGCAUUCUAUGUAUUAUAUGCUUGUACAAACUCAUUUACUUAACUUUAGUAUGGUUUGAAGGGAUGUCAUUUCAUGUUCUUUGCCUCUACAAGGUUAAAACUUGUACUUUUUAAAAUUCUGAAUGGAUACAGCUAUUUUGACAAGGUCCUAAGAUUUCUAGUGACAAAUCUGAUGUGUUAAAUGUCUUUCCUCAAUAAAACGUUUUAAACA